GGUACCGACGCGCCGAUGUGCGAGGGGAAAUGCAGAAAGCUACGUCAUUGGGAAAGGGAAUCUGGGAAGGGGGAAGCAAGGCUACCUGGAACUACUCGUCUUGCGGUCCCCGUGCCGCAGCGCCAGUCAGUGCUGGUCGGGCUAUCGCAGGAAGCGGCGGUCGAGAUAAGGGAGUUGUCGCGGAGUCGGGGGGUCUUGGCGGGGCAGGGCCGAGGGGAGGGGAGGACAGCUCUUCCCGUCGACGAGUGCUGCUCGCGGACUCGCCGCUGCGGUGCGUCUUCCCGCGGGGAUGGACUUCGAAGAGCUGGUGGUCGUCGCCGAAGGGCUGCACCCUUGCGCGAGGGUCGUCAAGAGAACUGCAGUCCAAUCAUCAAUGCUAAGCAGAUAUAUGCGUGCUUCAAGUCUACUUUUAAUAUCUGGUACAAGAGUCGCAGCGGUGUGAGCAGCCAGUGCAGCCGAGGCUCCCCGCGCUACGCGCCCUCGGCCUCCGCGUCGGCCGCCGCCCCCAGCCUGGAGCUGCGCGAGCUCCGGAGACACAACUACAAGGCCGCCGUCCUGCCCAGCAAGUCCGCCUCUUACCUGGAGCACCGGCGCACUCGCGGCAGCCGGGGCAUGAACAUGGGGCAGAAGAUAUCAGGUGGUGUAAAGUCUGUGAACCGCGAGAGCCCCCAGCCCUACAAGCCUGUGAUCCCCCGCGAACUGGCCCAGGACUUCGCCCGGCCGGCCCGCCUCGACAUCCUACUGGACAUGCCAGCGGCCAGCCGCGACUGCCAGGUCAAGCACGCGUGGAACUCAGAAGACCGGUCGCUCAACAUAUUCGUCAAGGAGGACGACAAGCUCACGUUCCACCGGCACCCGGUCGCGCAGAGCACGGACUGCAUACGCGGCAAGGUGGGGCUCACCAAGGGCCUCCACGUGUGGGAGGUGCACUGGUCCACGCGGCAGAGGGGCACGCAUGCCGUCGUCGGCGUCGCGACGCAGGACGCUCCGCUGCACUCCGUGGGGUACCAGAGCCUGGUGGGUAGUAACGACCAAUCCUGGGGCUGGGACCUGGGCAGAAACAAGUUGUACCACGACUCGAAAAACAAUGCAGGUGUCACGUAUCCUGCACUGCUCAAGCCUGACGAAACAUUCAUCGUCCCAGAUAAAUUUCUUGUUGUGCUGGACAUGGAUGACGGUACACUGUCGUUUGUCGUCGAUGGGCAGUACCUGGGCGUGGCGUUCAGGGGACUGAAGGGUCGCAAGCUCUACCCCAUCGUCAGUGCGGUGUGGGGCCACUGCGAGAUAACCAUGAAGUACAUUGGAGGACUUGACCCGGAACCCCUGCCUCUGAUGGACCUGUGCCGCAGAGUGAUCCGCCAGCGCGUGGGGAAGCACCAGUUGGAGGAGCGCAUCGAGAAUCUCAACCUGCCUCACGCCAUGCAGGUCUACCUUCUGUACAGAGACAGAAGAUAACAGACUUGCUCCUCUGGGUGAAGGCUCCAGCCCUCGGCGAGCCCCGAGCGGCGCCCGGCACUGACUUCCACGUGCGCGAGUGUGGAGACGCUGUAGUCAAAUUACAACUUGCUGCAUGGAUUGUGAUCUACACCUGGAUGUUACCCCCAAACCCUUCGCCCCCUCCCCCCGUCGUCUCAAGAAUGACUUCCCCCCUCCCCUCCUCGUUCUGCUGUUUGUGUGCUGCAAGAGGUGGUUUUUUAUACGCGAGUUGCACGCAAAUAACUCGCAUACUUUAAUUUCGUAACGCAUUGAGUUCUUAGGACGGAACUAGCGACUUGCAUUACAUAAUAAACCGUGCUGCAACUCUUUUUCCAUAAUGGAGAGAAGUCAGCUUUGCCACUUACUAAGUGAUAAACUUGAUUACUAACAUUUUGAUUUUGGUCACAUUUCUCAUUGUACAUAAGGUAUACAAGUGAAAGAAUUGUUUUUUAUUUUCCAUUAUAAAUAAUUAUUGCCUGUUCCCGCUAAUAGAGAAGAAUUUCUAUUCAUUUGCACAACAGUAAAAGUGUGUUAUAGUGAAUGAAGGCAAAGUGCUGAACUGAGAAAACACGUAAAUAGGAAAUUUUUGGUUACAGUGUUUUUGUUAUGUAUGGAUGAUUCUGAAAAUGACAAGUUUACUUAGUUAAAAAGGGAAUGUGAGAUGGCAUCAAAUGUAAUACAAAGUCCUGUUUUCCAGUGAAAACAAUUUUUCUUAGUACUAUUUUACUUUCUGUGAAUAACUUUCAAGGUAAUUUUUUUUUUCAUCAUCUUUUCAUUCACUAUGUUCAUAGAUCAAAUAGGUAGAUAAAUAUGUUGCAGUCUGUUUUGUGUUUCAAAUUUACUUAAAUAUUAUUCUAAUUUCUAAUAUUUGAACUUAAAAGAAAAUAAUUCAUGAAUUAUAAUUAUUUUUUAGAAAUAUAUUCUAAAAGUUUUAUGUUGUUGCUACAGUUUGUAAGCUAAAUAUGUUCAUUAGUUUAUUUUUUCAGUUUCUGGAAAUACAUUAUUUUUCAACAAGUUGUAUUCAAGUUUGCUGAAAUUAUGUCUUUAAAUAUGAUUCUGUAAUGGUAGGGGUUUUAUUAAUUGAAAUAUCGAUCUAAAUUACCUAUAUCAGAUUACAGUGCCAUAAUGUGAUUAUCUAUGUGGAUAUCCUGAAUUUAUUGGUUUGCUAAGCAAUUAAGUCAGUCAUUCCUUAAAAUAUUGUUUGGUAAUGUUCUUUGUGAAGCUUUAGGGUGUAUUACAAAUUUGUUUCGAAGUUCAACAAGAAAAUGUUUCCUAGCUGGUCAUGCAGGUUACUGUUCUCAAAACAUUCUUUGGUACAUAACAUACAUCAUGCAUUAUUUCUUUGUUACUACCGUACUCUGUGCUGCAUGUUUUCUUUUAUAUUUGUAAGUCUGUAAUGAUUAAUUUUUUAGGUUACUUUUGCUUGUAGAACCAAUUUGCUUGGUUAAUAUUUUUUAAACUUUUUUUUUGCAAGUGUGUACUGUUUUCAUUAUUUAUUAUUAAAGCAAAAUUAGAAUCCAUUCCACAUGCAUACUACCAAAUUAUGGAUGUGAAUUUGUGGUCUAUUUUGUUUUUGAUAGCUUUUGCUCAUGGCGGGAAGUGUUCUAAAUCUAAGCCAGUUUAUCUCGUGUGUUCAUGCUCCCACCCUCCCCUUAACCCAACCCCUCCCCAACUCACCACACUCAAACAAAUCCUAAAAAAAAGUCUUUCAUUCCCACCAACAAAUAAAACGAAUUUGCCAAGCAAACAGCUAGAAAAGUGGUUAUAGUCCUUUCCUUCCAGAAAUUAAAUUCUUUGUGCACUCCUGCAGUAGUAGCUGUUCACAUGGUUUUUUUUUCUUUAGUUGCAUUUUGAACAUGAGGGAGUUGAACAAACAAUCUGGUACAGAUCAGAGGAUGGAUAAAUGUUUACUGAAAGAGUAAUUGCUAACAAAACUAUGAAAAGCUUAAUUUUUUUAUCUGUAGGCAGUUCCUUCUUGCAAUGGCAUAAUUUUCUUGGGUAUAAUUUGCAUAAGCAGCAGGGCCGUUUUAGGGAACAGGCAGGGCCAAAAAAUAAAGUUAACUAAAUGUACCUUCAUUGAAAAUGUGCUAUCUUGGUCAAUUUUUUUUUAUAUAUAUUUAUAGCAAUGUGUGUCACAUGCUCGUACAACAGUGGAGCUAGGCAGAGCAUAACUUACUACCUAUUGCAGAAUCUGCAACUAUUGUGCUGUCAGUUUACUGUGUUGUAGCGCUUUGUUGAAUACUUGAACACAGUUCAGAGUUUGUGAUGGUAUUCACAAAUUUCUAUUAUAAAUGCACCUGUCCCUCGCAGUAAUGCCAUAAUUCAUUCCAGGAAAACGGAGUGAUAAAUAAAACAGUGCUAAUAAAAUUAUUUUUUUCUAAAGAGUGUAUGUUAAUAAAAUACAGUAGAAUCCCGCUGGAACGACCCCUCACAGUUCCCGAAAAAACGGUCGUACUUACGGAAGGGUCGUUCCAGAGAAUUUGGGAAAUUUUUGGCCAGUUCGUCCGCCUUUGCCAACAUCAUUGGCCCACUCACAGGCAAAUUUUCAGCUCUCAGCUGACCAAACCACUCCAACAUAGCUUCGUCCAAGUUUUCGUACGUCGCGCCCCUCAAAUUUUUCAGUUGCACAUUGCGGCCUUGCUUCUGUACUGCAUUCACAAUUUCUUCUCUCUGUUUGAGAAUCGUGAAGAGAGUAGACUUCGGAAUGUUGUAUUGCUGCGCUAUCUUAGUCUUGGAAAUUGUUUUCUUAUCCACUUGCUGGAUGAUCUCAUAUUUUUUCAUUAGCAAAAGUGUAUUUCGCUUGGCACUCAUUUUCACAAAUGCGAAACGAAAAUCCCAAAAAAAAAAAAUCAAAAUCAGUGUAAAACUGCAUGUGUCGUCAACGAUCGUUCAUUGAAUCAAGCCAAUAAUUUUACCAAAUCAAAAUCCAAAAACAAAUGCGUGUGUCGUCAACAAUAUACAAAAUUCACAAAAUCAAACCACUAACCAAAUCGGCGUCCAAGAAACAAAGCGUAAUAAGUCGUCAACAAUAAUAAAAACCAAGAAAUAUCCGAAUCAACAAGCAAAAGAAGCGUAUCCACCAGCGAGCAAGAUCACACUAACAAGCCACAAGACAAAGACACGGGAUCGAGACGGCAACAGAAAUGCGCAUGCGCACCACUGUUUACCGUUAUCGCUAGGGUGGCCAGUCUGGACUCUGGAGGGGUGGUAUCUAUUUUUAGCCAUGCGUGCGCCUGCCAACAUUACAGCGCUCGCCAAGAAAAACGUGACGCGCAGCGCUGUACAUAGUGUGUAGCGCACUGGUUUUCAUCCGAUUUUACUCUUUUUUUUUCGAAUUUUUUCACGGUUCCUCGAAAACUGGUCGUUCUUACGGAAUGGUCGUUCCAGAGGGGGGUCGUUCGGGAGGGAUUCUACUGUAAUUCAUUCUCCUACCACAUAAGUGUGUUGGUUGACUACCAUUUACGCAAAAGACUGCUUCCAUUAAAAUCAAUUCCCAGUACUAAUUACGUGUCUAAAAACAAUUAAAGUACAUUUAAAUAAACUUUUUAUUUACACUUUGAGUUUGUGUUAUGUACCGGUAGCUAACCAUAUUUUUCUUCAAUUAUGUUAGUCCAACACAGAAUUUCAACUAGUACACGAAUGGGACAUACAGUAAAACAAGAUUCAUUCCAAAACUGACAUGUAAUAAACAUUGAACUAUCUGAGUUAAUAUAUAUAAAUUCCUAAAUCAAAGAUUGCAAACAAUUUCCUAAUGAUGAAGCAAUUUCCAUACAAUACAUCAUUGAGCUUAGGAUUCCAAUGGUUUUCCUAUGUGAUCAAUGAGUGUCCAUGAAGUUAUAGUUAAAUUCAUAAAAUAGUUCAAUUAAAAUAUGUUACCAACAAUCUAAAAAUCAUUUCUAAUUUGUAAACUAAAGAAAAUAACUAUUACAUUAAACUGAAUAAUGAAUAUAUAAUGUGUUCCCAAAUGCCUAGACUAGAAAAUCUCGGGGUAAGCAAUUCUUCUGGUCUCUGAUGUCACUUUAACCACUGGAUGUUUUUAAGUGUACUUUAAACCAUAAAAGUUAUUGCUUGUCCAUAAAAUAAAUGUCAAAACCAAUUGAAAUUUCUACUCAAUGUUAAAAAACUCACAGGACCCUUUAGUACAUACCAUUUUAUGAAUAUCAGUUAUAUUCGGUCCUGGAUUUACUUGGUAAUGGCAAGUAGCUGUAUCGUGUCGGUGAAUGCAAUUAUUCAAGGUGUAGAAAUGUCUUGUUCCAGCGCGCCACGAUGUCCACUUACUCUGGAUAUUUAUCACACAAAUUUAUCACUUUCCAUACAUAUGUUUCGAAGGUUACGGGCUAUGAAUUUCAGUCUUGGCAGAUGUUAACUGGGAUGCACUACUUUUGAUGUGUUUUAGAUCAAACAGUCUUGGUAAAAUAUUUCGUAAAUUUUAGUUUCACUGCAAGAAAUAGUGACUAGAGUUACAAAAUAAUAAUGUUAUUAAUAAAGAAAAACUUUUUCAAUUCUAAUAAGAUUAAAAAUCGUGAACUUAACAUUUUAUAUUUAUAAGUAAAAUUAUUUAACCUUUUAAUUACAUAAUACACUUUUUUGUUUACUGAAUGCCUACCAUGAAUCGCUAAUCACAUGACUUACACUAGUGUAUCCUGAUAAGUGUGAGGUAAAUUAGUACAGAUGCCUUCACACCAGAGCUGUUGUUGACUUGGGGGAUGGUGUAAUAUAAAGGUACAUUGGCUGAACACCCAGGUGUCUUGUGUACUACCGUAUAAACCCACGUACCACCCGCCCUCGGGUAAGACCCGCACCCUUAUUUUUAGAAUGCCAUGGUGGGAAAAAAUGUUUUUAUUGCAAAUCUGCAUGGAAAAAAAAAAUUAGUCGUGAUUUCUUUUUUUUUCAACCAGUAACAAAUCGUAAAGAAUUACCAAAAAAGUACUAUGCUACUUAUUACAGCCUCGGCAUUUGCGUUAAAAGUGUACAGAAGGCAGGCAACUGCAAUAUGGCAACAUCGCGCGAGUAGAACGUGGCAUCGGCGCGCGCGAACGAUAACAACACGCCGUGUAUGCGCGUGACCUUGCCCAGCUCCCAGCUGUUUACAGUUACAAUAUUCCGCGUCCAUUAUCGUGCGCUGGGCAAUGACCUCGUUCAAACAAAAUAAACGAUAAAGCACGCGAGUCCUAGCCACGCAUGAUAAAAACUAUUUUUAUUACAUGCAAAAAAAAACCUUGUGCCUAAAUGUGGCAUAUUCUACAGCUUCCGCAGCUUUAACACAUGCCUCUGAAAUGCUAUUAAUUUCUCAUCGUAGCUUGUCGGUAAACGCUGGCAGAUUGUAGUACGCCGCCUCAUGGACUUACCACGAACCUGCGCAUCCAGUUCCUACUUGUUUUAAAGCCUUCACCCACGCCAAGUUCACGAGCAAUUUGCAGCGCCUUUAGCGAACACAUUUCCGUGCUUACAGCGCACCCGAAUUGCCGUCUGUCCUGAUGUAGUCGUGGAGUUUUUCCUCUAUCCGGAAACUUUGCUACCGCACCACGGAACACACGUCUAUCACCACUGGCCGAAAACAGUUUGUCUUUACUUUUCCUCCAAUCCCUCACACAUGAUUCGUCGACAUAUUUUCGCCCAGCAACACGGUUACCGAUUUCUUCCGCUUCACUGAUUAUUUUUAAUUUUUCUGCAACUGUGAAAGAACGCAACUUUUUACAAUUCAUUACAAUAGUUGCAGCCAACACACGUGUAAAACCACUGGGUACUUUGCAAAUGAGGAUAGGACAGUGCGUGGGAGCGCGCGUUUGUAACCAGCGAAGCUGCAGCGUGACAACGCUGUGAGGAAUGUGACCUUGACUGUCUGCCGCUUCCUUCCCCUCCUUUUCCCCUACUCCUCUUUUCUAUCACAGCAAUCUCCAGUCGCGCCGGCGUUAUUUCGUCACCGCGCUAAAAUGGCCCAAGACCCGUGUAACACCCGCACUCUACUUUUUCGAACCUGAUUUUUUGAAAAAAGGUGCGGGUGUUACGUGGGUUUAUACGGUAUGUUAGUUGAGCUUAAGUAACUACACAUUUAAGAAAGUGACUUGCUGUUAAGGAAAAGGUAAACUAUCAUUUGUUGAUUCUUCACAUCAAUUCAUUGCAUGUGUUUAAUGCUAAACGAGUGACAUUGUCAUUGUUCGCACACGCAAAUAAGAAAUUCACGCAGAUGAAAGAGAGCGCUUCUUCGAAUCUAUGACAGCGCUACUUCUUAUCGUGCAGUUGGGCUUCAAAACCUCACAAGUCGAACAGCGUUACUUAGAGGGGCGGGUGUAGUCAGUUUACUGUCGAGGUAAAAUAAUACUCUUGGCCCCUUAGCGAUAGAUAAUAUGUUUAAACUUUGUUCACUAGCAUUAGACUGCUGUAUACCUGUCAUCAUCCCUUGGGCAUCAGUAAAGUUUUUUCCUCCCAAAAUUCAAUGUCAGAAGGAAAUGGCUAUCCCCUAAAAUUAUAAACCUACUAUCACAUUAAAAUAACUUGCAUCCUGAAUUUUAUGGCCAGUAAACAUCUAAAUUAGUUAUGAUUGCUAGUGAAAAAUUAUUUUCCAUGAUGCAUAAAAAUAUUUUUAUAAUUCCAAUUUUGUGUGUUACUGUUUCUGAAAAAGGUGUGUGAACUUAUUACAUGUCACCAGGUCUUAAAUAUCAUUCAACCAGCAAAAUUUCCACAAUAACACACAAUCAUUUUGAUAAUGAAAUACAUAGAAUAAAACACAGUUUGAAAUGAGUUGAUCUAUGUACCUUUUUCUUUAUCUACAUGAGCAUUUUGAUAUGACUUGAUUACUUAACUUACUAUGCACAAAUACCAUUAUUAUGUGAAGGAAGCACUGCACUAUUUUCAGGAAACAAUCUUUAGUUUGAAGAUUAAGGAAACAUUUCGUAAAGCAGUACUUAAAACUAGGAACAAUAAGGCUGUUAUGAAACAAAUAACAUUUGCAUCAAAAAGAAAAUAAGUUUUUUAAAUUUAAAUAAACUAAUUUUGAUUGUUUUUUUUCUCAGCGAAUGCAGUUUAUUCUAAAUGUAUUUCCACUUUUAGGAAAAUAUUUUUUGAAAUCUGGAAACAAUUGGUGUAAAAACACUGUUCUUUUUAUUUUCAAACAAAGAAACAAUGUGCUAUGUACCUAAUCUAGAAACAAUUAUGGCUUGUUCAGUUAAAAGAAAUAAGAAAAAUUUCCUGAAAAAUUACCUUUAUUGUUCAGACCUGUGGUUAACUUAAGUAUCUUGAGAACUGCCAUAAGUUUGUUUAGUUAUGUCUCCCAUAGCUUGGCUAGGGAUUGUGAAAUUGUCAGUUUUUUUUUUUACAGUUAUUCACACUAUUGUAAACGCUGAUUCUGGCAUUUGUCUUGAAUCUGUUAUUUAUAUACCGAUGUGACGUAACAGAUUACAAUAGUGUUCAAACCUGCUGUUGGAAGUAAACAGUUGUGAAACAAAGGCUACUGGAACUUUGUUUGUUUCCCUUAGGGUUGAGCGAAAACUGAUAUAAAAUAUAAAAAAUUUAAUGUUUUGUAUUUAAUCACAUUAUGUAUAUAUUUUACAAAUUCAAAUUCAAAUUGCCAUUUUAAAAUUUAAAUACUUUAAUAUAAAUUAAUUUUUGUAGGUAACUAGUAUUAGUGAUUUACGUGCCUUUUACCUACUCAGUGGCGUAGCCAGGAUUUGUGUAUAAGGGGUGUUAAAAAGCAUUCCCCCCCCCCUCCCCCAUAUUAAAGCGGAGGUCCUACCCCGGGAAAAAUUAGGAUUUUAAGGUGUAAAAUAGUGCUAUUUUAGCAGUUUUCGGUACUUAAAUUUAAAUAUUGUAAUGGUAAAAAUUUUAUUAAUUUUAAUAUGAAAUUUUUUUGAGUGAUGAAUAAGAAAUUAAUUAAAGAUUUGGUGCUUUGCUACGCCCCUGCUUUUACUGUAACAUGAAUAAAAUUUGUAAAGAGUAAAAUAUUAACAAAAAUGAUAAAUAUAUACGUUCAAAGCAAAGUAAACGACAGCACAGUAAUAUCUGAAACACUUACUUUAGUAAAAAAUAUAUACUAGAAAAAAUUUCAAUGUCUGAAAAAUAAAGACUACACUCAAAGUACAGUAGAACCCCGAUUUAACGAAGUGCUACGGUUACCGAAAAUGUUUACUCUAAAUCGAUGUUUCGUUAAAUCCGAUUUACCGAUUUUCAAUGACCCCCGCACUCAUAAUCGCGUACCUACGUUUCCAUAUCGUAGACAGGGUCGACGCUGAUAUCUUGUGCUGCCGUGCUAUCUCAGACUUCGUCAACAUUCCAUCUUCAAAGUUUUUGAUCUCGCUCGUACGGCCCCCGGUUCGUACGUACACCUCGGUCGUACAUACAGAUUUUUAGAAACCGUGAAAAAUGAGGCAUAAAAAAAAGUUUAAAAAUAUGUAAAGUGUAAGAAAUACGUUAAAGUUUAUUAAAAUACAGUCGCAACCUGCAGCGUUUAUAACAAAAACAAGCUACAUACACAUUGCGUCACAGUAAAAAAUUAAAAAAAAAAAGGCCGCAAAUUGAUGGAAAUUUACCGUCCAUAGCGCGCCGUACGCGGAGAAAGGUCAUUGUACUCGGUCAGCUGCUAUUACGGCGCGGCGUAGCCGCCGGCUGACUCUCUUUGUUCGCUGAGCUGCGCAGCACUUAUAAAAAACGUAUUCCAAAAACUAAACACCGCGCACAAAGCUCUUACUGAGAAUAAUAGAGCUGUAGCAAACCGUAUGUAUUCGGUACUGAGUAACGGGUAAGCCAUCUAGUAACGAGUAACGAAGCGUUACACACGGCUGCAUUUCGUUACUCGCAUUUUUCGUAUGUUUUACGCAUGCGCGCGCAUAUUCGAUGAAUUUGCGUUACAAAGAACGAUGUUUGUUUAUUAAAUAAAGUAUAAUUUGGAAAUUCGUCGUCAAAGUUUGUUACUGUUUAUUAAAGGUAUUGUGUGUGUAGACAAAGUUUGAGAUUGGAACAGAAACAACGUAAGAAAGUAUUGUUUACAAAUUAGAAAUAUGUAUGUUUUUGUUUUUUAUUAUCGCGUAUUUUCACGUUUUUUUGUUAUUAUCUUAAAAGAGAUAAUAUAAAAAAGCCGCAUUAAUGAGAUUUAAUUGUUUCUUGGUUAACAAAAACUGUUAAUUAUCAAAUAUUGUUAAUUGUUUAUAUUCUAUUUAUUAUUAUUUACGCGACGUCAUAAUGUACGCGUACGCAAUACGACUCGAUUCGUUGGUGCAACAUAACAUAGCUUUUUAAUGCGGUUUCAGAAGUAACGAGUAACGUAACGAUACGAUAGUAACGAGUACUAAUUGUUAUAGUAACGAAUACAUACGGGUACGCUUUUUUUCGUUACUUUUACACAUCUAGAGAAUAAUGAUAAUGGCGUAUUAGUGUGACGUGGUCACAAGUUGAAAAAACCUGGAGGAUGGGAAAGGGAAUAUUUGGAAACGUGUGAUUAUUGGCUAGCACUGUUACUAUGCGGGCGUGUUUGGAAGAUAACGUGGUGAGUCAAGCCAGGCAUUGGAGGGGGAGGGGGAUGCGGACAAAGAAACCCUUCAUGACGUCAUGUGUCGCGGACAGUCUAUCUAUCCAGGCGCGCGCAAUGGCACGCCCGCAGCUUUUAAGCAAUUUGAACAAUUUUUUUUUAAUUUUUUCGUAUUUGGACAGAUGAUGCAAAGGCACAUAUUAAUAUAUAGUACCUCCAUUCUAUUACUGACACCACAGAGUGUAUUUUUUAAUAAGAUUCCAUUACUAUUUACUUGAAUUUUUUGGAAAUCUAUAUUAUUAUUUUAAUAAAUUGGUGAUUUUUGUUGGUUCCUGAAAACCUUUACGUUAAAUCGCUGUUUUCGUUAAAUCCGUGUUCGCAAAAUCGGGGUUCUACUGUAUACAAAAAAUUUGCAAUUUUAUACAUUUAUCUACCUUUUCUUUCAGUUAUGAACAUUGUUAUUCAUAAUAUAUCUCACUAUCCAAUAAGCAUUUGCAAGAAGCAUAUUACUCAAAUAUGUUUUUAGUUUAAAGUUUACACUAAUCAUAUUUUACUGCUCAUUAUCCUUAACUGCGAGUGAAAUUCCAAAAACUCACAUUUUCUUUGCUAAGACGACAAUGACUGUCUGGCCAGAAAGUGUUACGACGUCACACACUGGCAGCCAAUAGUAAUUUGUUCUCAAUGCUUACAGUGGUUUAUAAACUGAAAGUUUUGAUACCAAAUAGACUGAAAACUAAAGUGCAAAUGGAGAUAUAAUUUUGUGGUUGUAUUAUACAGAGUAGUUUUUAAAUUGUCUAGGCUGAGAUGAAUUUAAUUUUCUUGCAUUAUCAUGCAAGGCUUUUUUUAUUUUUUCUUUCAUUCUGUGUUUUUUUUUUCAUCAGGGAAUCUGGGGCUGUAUGAAGCUGACUUAAUGAUGUUCUUGCAUAAUAUCCUUCCAUUAAAUCUUCAAAAAGAAAAUUACCACCAACUGUUUACUUCCAGUAUAUAUGAAAGUAUGUACUAUCUCUGUGAGUUGGCAGAGUUUGGAAUAAAAAAAAAAGCUGAUAAAAUAGGUCACAGUUUGAGCUAGAAUAUUUUUCAUAAGCAUUUAAUGGUUUAAAAUUUGAUAACUUAAGACAAACAUGGUAUGUUUGGUUUGUUUCAUCCCAGAAAUUAGCAUUUAUGGUAUUUUUUAUAGUCUUUCAUACAUUUUAAUGACUCUGUGUUUUCUUGUGUUUGUUUGUGUUUUGAGUGUUGUAAAAUCAUCUUGUGCAAUUUAAUUGUGUGGAAAAGCAUAUAGUAAUUUCGAAUGUUGUCAUACUGCCAUUAAAAGUGUGUUGUGAUAAUGAUGUAAGAUCUUUAAACGUUGGACAGUUGUUAGCCAAAUAACAUCUCUCGUAGUAUUUUUUUAAAUGUAUUUGAUGGAGAUUUGUGUUGGUAAACGUUUCUUACUGCUUCAUUUACUAUUUUCAUUGUGGAAAAAUGAUAAAAUCUGUAUAUUUAAAAAUUUUCAGUCACUGGUCAAACCAUUGAAUUAAGUGUUUUGAAUAUUUUAGGUGUUCAAUUAUUUUGUAGUUUAAAUUCUUUGGUUAAAUUUAUCUGUGAUUGGGUCCAUUAAAAUAAUAAUAUUAAGUGAAAUUUUUAACUUGCACUUGCAAAAUAAUUUUCUCGGUUAGGAAGUUUUUGCUGUGCACUUAAUCUUAAUUUACUGUGCACUUUUGUAUGGAAGUCAAAAUGUUAAAAGUAAAUGAAAGUGUGUGCCUUGCACCAUUCCAUAAAAAAAUUGUGCGUUUAAGUAAGAACAAGUCGGUUUACACAGUUGAAAUUGAAGAAUAAUGUAACCUGAAUUUGUGACAUUAUGCUAUGUAUGAAGUGUGAACGUUAUGGUGUGAUUGAUUCAGACUGGAAUUUUGUAGAAUAUUAAAAGUUUUCUAUCCAGUCCGUCAUAUAUUAUGCCUUUCAAGUGGCAUUUUAAAUUCCUUGUUAAAAUUUGAAAAUUAUAGUUGGAUGUUAAAUGUUGUCUCUGCACCUGCGAUAAUGACAGUUCAGACUUCAUUUGCACGACCUUCGCCAGGAUUCAAAAGUAACUCCACCAAAGUUCCAUAAAUGAUGUGCCGAGUUAUCUCUUCCACGUGUUUUAGUGUAGUUCUCUUAGUCUGCAGCAUUUAGGAAGACUUAUUUUCAUGUAUAUUGUUCAUAUAGAUUGGAAGCUUUUAUGUUGCAGGUGAAUUUUGAACUGCUCGUUAGUGAGGGGGCUACAUUUUGAUUGUAAAUCCAAUUUGUAUGUGCUGUAUUUAAUUAAUUGUAAAAUUGUAACAGUUUAAACAUGUUUAGUUAAAAUUUUAUCAGUUAACAUUUUUUCUUCUGUUUAUUUUGAUGAAAUGAAGAUUUUGCCAGAUCUGUAAAGGAAAUAGUGUUGUGUUGAUCGCGGAAUGAAAUGUAUUUUACACUAUGUGAGGUCUGGGCCAUUUUUCACAGUUUGCUGUGCUUAGUCUAAUAAAUUUUUGUUGUUAGAAAUGUUUUGUUUUGUUGCCAGCAAUUUUUUUAUACCUAUAAGCAGGUUUUCAUACAGCAACUGUAAAAUGGUUCAGAUUAUUUGAUGUUUGUAGUGAGAUUGUAAUAAUAUUAAAAAAAAAAUGAAAGCAAUGCUUGAGAAUAUAUUUUGUAGUUGA